AUGAUGAUGAUGAUGAUGAGCAGUUAUUGUUGUGCGCGAGGAGGAGGAGCAGGAGGCGUUUCCAAAAGCAACACGAGCAGCGCGAAGAAUACUACGAAGAGGAAUCGAUUCAUUUUCCAUCAAAAUCACGUCCUCUUGAAGAGGCGAAGAUGCGAUGAUGAUGGGAGCACGUUAAACGCAGGAGGAUGGUUCCAAAACAACAAAGACGUCGACGGACGCGACGAAACGUUCAAACGACAACAAGAGAUUCUCGCCAAAAGAAGAAAAGGCGGCCGAAUCGACGAAGAGGCGAACAAAAGACGCGCGAAAGUGAGUGGAUUCAUGAAGAAAACGUUGAGCAAGAAAGAGAUGGAUGAGAUCAAGACGGAAAAUACGAAAGCGGCGAACGCGUUGUCGAAAGAGGCGGUGAAAGGAGGGAUUCCGUUUCCAAUGGCAUCGUUUGGAAUGCCGGAGUUUGACGGCGGAGAACGGUUCGAUUUACGCGGGCCGUAUGCUGAGGAAGGCUGGGUCGACGAGAAAGAUCUCGAGAAGGAGAAGCAAAAGUUGAAGAAGAAGAAGAACAAAGGCGGCGGGUUGUUCGGCGGGUUGUUCGGGAAGUGA